AUGUAAUAGGCUACAUAUCAGCUUACUACCGUAAACAUGAGUUGGUACUUCAUUGUUUAAUAUGCUGGUGUGCUCGUGAGGUUCGGAGUUCACAUCUCUCACUCCUGGAGGUUUAUGAGCUGUACUGGGGUGCUAUAAUGGCAGGGAUAUGGUUGAAGGCCUGGACACUGUAUCUCAUAGUUGCGCUUGGUACUUCAGACCCAUCACCUUUACCCCAAGAGAAAUCCUAUGAGUUUAGAAGGAAUCUCUUGGGUUUGGAUAAAUGCAAUGCCUGCAUUGGAACUUCCAUUUGCAAGAAGUUUUUCAAGGAUGAAAUCAGGUUUGAAGGAUGGCUGACAGCGCAGUCUAAUCUCUCUGUAGCAGACGUGCAGUCAAACGAGGGAAACUACACAGACAUCACAGCAGGCUGGAGGUCAGUUGUGCUGUCCCGCUUGAUGUCUCCUCACCUGCACGAGAUUUCAGACAAUAGCAUCUGCAGCUCAGCAGGCAAAGGGAAAUCCUGUAGCAUUGAAACCGUCCUCAGGGCCACUCCACGCUUCCAAAGUUGGGUCCGUUCCAACCUGCUGCUCCCCAACAUGGUGAAGGGUCUGGCCGCCCCAAUGCUGCGCUGCCCGUCUCAAAGGCUGCUGGACCGUAUUGUGCGACGCUACUUUGAAGUGAUUGACGUGGGCAGCGUGCAGAUGAAGCACUUCACUGAAAAGGACAAACUCAGACUUCUUUAUACCCUGGCUGUCAAUCAACACGCCCUCAUACCGCAGAUGUUUCCAGGCACUGAGGGCUGGCCCUUCCUGCGCUAUCACGGCUCCUGUGGAAGGGUGAUGGUGUGGGCAGGAAGCACACCCAUCAGGAGACUGUUUUCCUCUUCGUUGGAGCGCCGUGCUGAUGUAGCAUAUCAGCUCCUCCACGUCACACAGAGUCUAAGCUCUAAUAGCCUCCAGUUCAACCUCUUCUACACCAAUGUCUCAGAGGAUACGUUCGGCACCUUGGAUGACAGCAGGGUCUUCAUUGUCGACAGUAGUACCAUAGGGAUCAUUGACUUAAAGGAAGGAUAUCCUCCUAAUGAAGGCUUACAGACUGAACACACCGAUGUCUUCUCCGGUCUCAGUGGAUUUUGUGAACAACCUCUCCCCUGCGAAACUGUCCGAGGAGCACAAAGUUUUAUCCUUCUUUGUCAACAUGUGCUCCAUAAGCUGCUUGGUCCUAAUGAUGUACAGUCUGGUCGGCUUCCCAAAACAGCACUCCGUGAGCUCAGGAUCUGCGCUGACCAAACUCAGUCCGACCAGAGAAUAACCAGUGCCGUCCAAACCCUGAAAGAUAUUCUACAGUCUCUAAGACCAUGCAGUUCUCUCUAUGGAUACAGGUACCCUGAAUGCCUCUACAGUGCCAAAUUCUAGACCACCACAACUAAAGACUCAUAACUGUAAGGUGAUG